UGCAUUUGAUUCUCUCUCUCUCUCUCUCCCCUCGGUUCCACCAUCUUCCUCCGCUCGCACUCUUCGCGAGUUUUCUCUCUCUAUUCUUUUUCUCUCUCUCUACUUUUACAUCUACAGUCCCGUGAAUCUUGGUCUAGGUUUUAAGGUGUAUCUGGCUGAGGCGCCGGACUCAACAACGGUGGAUCUGAUACAAGAGAAUAAAGCAAGAUGAGCGCGGAUCUGGUGGCUGAGAGCACUAAUGGGAAUCUCGACGAGCAGAUUGCUCAGCUUAUGCAGUGCAAGCCAUUGCCGGAGUCUGAGGUUAGGACUUUGUGCGAGAAGGCUAAAGAAAUACUAAUGGAGGAAAGUAACGUUCAGCCGGUAAAAAGUCCUGUGACAAUUUGUGGUGAUAUUCAUGGCCAAUUUCAUGAUCUUGCAGAACUUUUUCGCAUUGGAGGGAAGUGUCCCGACACAAAUUAUCUAUUUAUGGGAGAUUAUGUUGAUCGUGGGUACUAUUCUGUUGAAACCGUCACUCUUUUAGUGUCAUUGAAAGUGCGCUAUCCACAACGUAUCACAAUUCUUAGAGGAAAUCAUGAAAGUCGACAGAUCACUCAAGUAUACGGUUUCUAUGACGAAUGUCUGCGGAAGUAUGGAAAUGCCAAUGUUUGGAAGAUAUUCACCGAUCUGUUUGACUAUUUCCCUUUGACUGCAUUGGUUGAAUCGGAAAUAUUUUGUCUGCACGGUGGAUUAUCCCCCUCGGUGGAAACCCUUGACAACAUAAGAAACUUCGAUCGUGUUCAAGAAGUUCCACACGAGGGUCCGAUGUGCGAUUUGUUGUGGUCUGAUCCCGAUGACCGUUGUGGUUGGGGUAUUUCCCCCCGUGGUGCUGGAUACACUUUCGGCCAGGACAUAUCGGAGCAGUUCAACCACACAAACAACCUUAAACUAAUUGCUAGAGCUCAUCAACUUGUUAUGGAAGGAUAUAACUGGGCCCAUGAGCAAAAGGUUGUCACUAUUUUUAGUGCGCCGAAUUAUUGCUAUCGCUGUGGAAAUAUGGCAUCUAUUCUGGAAGUGGAUGAUUGCAGGGAGCAUACCUUUAUCCAGUUUGAGCCAGCUCCAAGGAGAGGAGAACCAGAUGUGACUCGGAGGACACCCGACUAUUUCUUGUAGAGCUGAAGACAGUGUAAGAGACUGUUUUUGUCUGCAAGGUGUCGAUUUACAUGUCUUCUCGUGAAAUUUGAUUUUCCAAGUUACCGAGCAUCCCUUUAUGAAGGUGUGUGUGGGAAGAGAUGCAUGUAGAAUAGCGAUAAAAGGUCUUUUUAAGUUAUUAUCCUAACCUGUGUCCUAGGGUUUAGAGUCGGGGAAGUUGGGUUAGGAGAUGCGUUUGUGUAUCAUUUGUCUUAUAUUUUCUUUUUUUGAUGUUUUUUUUUCUUCUUUCUCGUCUACUAAUAAUUUUCUUUAAUUUUUUUUUCUUUCUUGAUUUUCCUUUCAAUCGCUGCCGUUUUGUGGACAGGGAUUUUGUGGAAGUGAUCCCGAACUUGUAUCCAUUAAUUGAUCUUUAUUAUUCUUGUUGUUGCUUUUCUGAACUAGUAGUCGAAUGCUGAUUUUCAAUCUUUUGGUCGUGGUUGGCUUUAUUGCU